GUGCCCUGCACAGACUGCAGCAUGAAUAGGAUGCAUUAUUCUCCGAUGCAGGGCGGUUUGGGGAGUUCAAAUGGGAUGUUAACUGGUUGGCAGUAGCCUAAAAGAAUCAAAGAGAAGGUUGAACUGUGUUGUCUCUGCAUGGCGAUGGAAAAGAAGAUAUAAUGGACUCCAACAGUGAGGAUGGAGAGUACCAACAUCUUGAACAUUACUUACAACAGGAUGCAGCCCAGUACAGAGUGACCUAUCCUCGUGGGAGAGACACACAAGAUAUGGAUUCUGAUCAAAAAGAGGAGUUCAACAUAAAGAAGUAUCCAGUAAGUCGCUCUGGCAACAACCCAGGUAGAGUGAAGCGGGUAGUGUCCUGUAAGAGGAAGACCCAUCAUCUGACGGUGACUCGGAGGAAGCAGCUCGGGAUUGGGAAAAUGUAUGAUGCUGCAAACAAGGAGAAUGAGAUGAAGUGCAUGCCGGACAUGGACUCCUGUGAGUUCCCACUAAAAAACAAUAAUAACCCCAAGACUGGGACAACUGGUACUGAACAAGCCGACUACUGUUCACUCACUGAGCUCACAAGGGAUCACAGCACAAUGACUGAUGUGCUCUUUGGAAGAAAUCUGAGACUAAAAGUAUCUCUAACAUUGUGGCGGAGAAAUGUUGGCGAGCUGUUGACCUACUUUCUGAGGAUCGAAGACAUUGCCGUGUUUGUUGAUUUCCUCCCACUGAUCAGCAAAAGCAUUGAUGAGGACUCUACCAGGGUCACCAUUGGUGGUUGUGUUGAUCUCUUUCCUUUAGUUAGGAAGGUCCUCACCAAUCCAUAUGAAGAGUAUCUUAUAGUUGGUUUAAAGUGGAUACAUUCAGUUUUGAAAAACUGGUGGGGGGACCUGGAGACAAGCGGCUACAGUGGAUCAACUAAACAUCCGAUGGAUAAAAAUUUCCAGGCCUUUAAUCAGCAGUUAGCAGAGUUAUGGCAUCAGGAACCUUUUCUAAAAUCUGUUCCCGGACCUGCUGGAGACUUGGCAAAGGUCAUUGACUCCUUCCUGUCUCAACUUACCUGACUUCAACAAAGAGCCACAUGACGGGUCUUUCUCUGGUGGCAGCUUCCCACAAGUGCAUUGAAUCCUUAGUAAAGUCCUUGGAUUAGAGCUGCUGUUUUUUCCACGGAGGAGUGGGCUAUAGCUUGUACUUACCUGUCCUGGGGGUAUAUCUGUAGAUCAUGAUGUAUUUUUGGGCUGGCAGAUAAACUUGAAUUGUAGAAAUACUGAGUGUGCAAUAUAAAUGUUAUCGUGUGGCAAAUUUGACUUGAUUGUCUUUUCAUGGAAUGAUAUUUUAGGGUGUUUGGUGUAAUUAUGUCACAUAAACUUAGAGGCUUCCGUGUGUGGCUAAUAUCUUUCAUUGCACCACUGAUGAUGAAUAAAGUUUUUAUUUCCAA